GUGGCAGUGGUGUAAGGGGGCCGAUGGCGGUGUCUCUGGCGGAAGGAGGCAGCGGUGUGUGGGUAGACGAGAGGGCGGCUCUGCCUCUGCACCGCCUCUCCGCACUGCGGGCUGACGCAUGUCCCCAGCGCUCGCCGCCACAGACAGCAAGCAGGCAGGAGCUGAGCGCAGCGAAGAUUGUCGAUUCCGAGGAGCUUCAAGGCGACGCCAUCGAAUGAAAAUUCCACAGGAGGCUGAUGACAAGAUGAAUGCAGAUGCAGAAGGAACAGAUUUUGAAAAUCAAGAGGAGCUGGAGGAGAAGACAAGGCUAAUAAACCAGGUUUUGGAGCUGCAGCACACACUCGAAGAUCUGUCCGCUAGAGUUGAUGCUGUCAAAGAAGAGAACCUGAAACUCAAGUCUGAGAACCAGGUGCUCGGUCAGUACAUUGAAAACCUCAUGUCAGCCUCCAGCGUCUUUCAAACCACAGAGUCGAAGAACAAGAGAAAGUAAGGAGCUCAUUCCGCUGAUACCCGUCAGCUUUAUAUCUCAACAGACCAACCAAAAGCUCCAAGAAGACAGACAAAUAAUAGUAACAUUAAUUAUGGUAAAGGGGACUGAGAAUUGGGACUGUCCAGUGUUAGACUGUGACCCUGUUAGAAUCAUUAGAUUGUCUUGAGUCAGCUUGGAUACCUUUUGUAUUUAGUCUAUUUAAUUAAGGAAUAAUAAACACUAAUGAUCAUA